AUGGCACGACCGAGUCAGAAGCAGGCGUCCAGGGCAGCAUUACUUAGCUCGCCGGCAUCCAAUACGCGCCGGUCUGCUCGGUCUAGCUCAGUCAUUGUGGAGGAAAGCAUGCCCGAGACUGCGACAAGCCGUGCUCGGUCGACACGCAAAGGCAAGAGCCGCAGCAAGAGCCAAUCUAACGACAUCUCUGACGAUGGGUCAGAUCAUUACACAAAGCCUGCAGCGUCCGUCCAAGCUCGCCCGAGACCGAGAAAGCGGACGACCUUUGAGGAUCUCAACAAAGCAGCUCCCUCUCCAAAGCAGGCUACCCUGCAACAGAUGGCAGAGAGAGCCCGGACGCGACAGAGAUCUGGAGGCAGCGACGUACCCGUGCAAGGUACAUCGCGUAGCACGGGCAUCAUCAUUGAAGAUGCAGAGACGGGCAAGGAGGCAGAUUAUCUUGUCGAUAUGCCUACUUUCGCAGACAGUUCGACCGAGGCCGAGAUGCCCAGAGCAUCGCGAUCUCGUUCAGAGUCUGCAGCAGACCACUACGUUGGCGCACUAGAAGACGACAGCAUCACAUUGCCGUCGCCGCCGCCGCCGCCUGUACAGGAAGAUCCUGGCAUUGCCGGGAUGCAGAUCAAUGAAAAAGGCAAAGAACGAGCUUCUGAACAAGACGAGGCAGGGGCGCAGAUUCUCCAAGAGCCUGUCGAUCUAGAGCGACGUGCAUCUACGCCCAAACGACCCAACGCUCGCACAAACGACUCUGCACUACUUGGCAUCAGACAAACGCCAGGUCUUGCUUCACCCUUUGCCUCACCGAUCCCAGGAAAUGCCCCAUUCAGCACCGCUCGGCGAAGUCGGACGGUCUCGAGUCACCUUACGGGCACGCCGCUUGUCAGAACAAGGGACAGACCCGGCUCGCCGACGAAACUGGUCACUACGCAUACGACUGACAAAUAUAACAUAAUAGCCCAGCUCGUCUCACCUGGCAAAAAGUCAGCUAAGAAGCGCGACGCACAAGUACCAACGCCGCCGAGGAGCAAGUCGUCAGGCGAAGAUCACUCUUUCAACAAUCGUUCGGCGAGCUGGCAGCUCAAAAGAGCUACCAUCUAUGACUCUGAGGACAGCGAAUUUGAUGCUACUGAAGACUAUCUUCAAGGCGUCAAUGCGCGUAUACCGGGGGGAGCCACAGUGAUUAAGUCUUGGCCAGUCGACGAGAACACUGUCUUCCUCCUCAAGAUGCCAGAUAGCGAAGACGCGCAGAUCUUUGUGGACAUAGCUGCGCUUGGCGAUAAUCCAGAGAGCAUGACAGAUGUCAUCAUCGAUCGCAUGAAAGAGCGUGCUGACGAUCAUACCUUCGAUGAGGAUGACUUUGACAGCAUUCGCACAGUCAUCGGACAGCAGAUAGCCCAGCUCGUUGAUGCCGAGAAGGAUCCAGACAUACCUUUCACAGAGCUUGAAGAUUCUCGCAAGCUAUCGCCUCCAAUCACUUCGACCGACGAAGAGGAGCUUGGCCGCGCAGCUCGCAAAGCUCGUCCGAGGGCCAACAGCCUGCGGGAUUCCGACGCCUACGUGCCACGCGUUCCUGUUCGUCAAUCUCCGCGUGUUUACCACAGGCCACCAACUGUUCCCGAGCCGCCGGAAGAGGAUUCGCUUAGCGCUCAGAAAAAGCCUCGUAGCAAGCGCAUACCUAAGGCAGCCCGCACAAUUGCCUCACCUGUACCAUCCACAGGGCGGCAUGAACGUCAUCCGCUGCACGAGGUCCGCGAUGCCAGUCUCGACAAUAUCCUCGAUGGUAUCAAUGACGACGAGAACGAUCUAGUGCCUCUUCCGCACUCUCAGCGCGACGAACGCGAUGACUAUGGCGGCUACGAACCGGAUCCAUUCGAUGAUGGUCCAAUUGUCAUGCGAUCUGAAGACGAGGAGGAGCAGCUUGAAGACUACGGAGAGCCUUUGCGCGAUCAGGAUUCGGCUUCACCGGAGCCCGAGCCUGAGCCAGUCCAACCCUUCAUGCCUCCGGAUGCGCUGCUUGCACCACUGGAUCAGCCUACCACAGACUCUCAGCGCUCUGCGCCGCUACAGAGUAUGCAGGAUCCAAUGCUUCAGACAGAGGCCGGCAUGGUAGCUGCUGGAGCUAGCGCAACAGGAAUUCCUAUAUCCUCUACGGGAGUUGAGCGCUCGCCGCCUGCGAUACAAUCGCCCGCAGAAGCCCUGAACCUCGCAUUUCCCGGUCAGGAGCGUCAAGAUCUGACAGAGCCGCCCCGAGCAUCCACGCCAAUCGCGGAAGAUCUGGACAAGUCCAUGGAAUACGUUUGGAGCCCGGCAAAUUCGCCGAGUGCGGCACCGCCGCCUGCCCCUACAUCUCCGCUUGCCGCUUCCUCUAAACAGUCUUCGCCUGAAGCCGAGCAGCCUAGUCCUCAAGCCCUGUUGCCAGCACUCAUCAGACUGCCUCAAGUAGAGCGCGCAACGCCGGCAAGAUCCCCCUCGCGCGCAUCUCCAAGCCCAGUGACCGAACCUUCACCUAUCAUCAAAGCUUCGCCCGUCAGACCAACUCGCUUCGCUCGUUUUAGCCCAUCGCCUCAGCGGCAGCCGAACCCGCGCGAGGCUAACGCACAAGCCGGUCAAUCGACCCCGAAGAUAUACAGGCCGCUCGAGCGGGAAAUCCUCACGACCCCUGGCCGCAUCGUUCAGCUUAUCGAGAAAAGCGUCGAUACAGGCGAUUUGCUGUUGAGUUCAACAGAAGUUGAAGCCAAGUUGGAGCCGUUCACGCCAAUCAAGCGUGAAUACGUAGCAGGCACUGCCUCUGUCGAUCUUCGCAGGCGGCCUCUCGAAAGCCUAGCAGAUUUCUUUGUGGACUUUGAGCCGACGCCCCGGCGUACGCCCUAUCGUCGCGGCAUGACUCCAGCCUUCAAAGCAGCGAUAGCGAGGUCGCCUGACAAAAUUCAGAUCAGCGAAAUGAACGCCGACUUCUCGCGAGCAGCUAUCGAGCCUUCAAUUGAUCAGAACGCUCAGUCUUCCGAUGACAUGAUGCCUGAUGAGCAGACAGACUCUGACGACACAGUAAAUGAUGAUCUAGAGGAGCCUAUGGAGUAUGCCGAACGAUCCGAAGCCCUUGCUGAAGCACUGGCACCAGGCGUACAAGAGCGAAUUGACGAGCACAGCGAGUCGGAAGUGCCCAUUGAGCUAGAGCUGCCUUACGAGCCGGAGCAAGAUGAUCAAGACGAAAGUUUCCGUCCAGAGGAAUUGGCAGAGCAAGAAGAUUCGAUGGAGCCGGAAUAUGUGGAUCGCAUUGAGCCCAUGCCGUAUCUACGAGACGUUCCGGUCAGUCGACCAAUCUUCGCAAAUAAGCCAAUUAUCUAUCAGCCACAAGCGCAAACGCCCUCGCUGAUACGCUUCUACGAACCGUCAGUGCCGGCGUCAGAGCCUCGACCCGUCCCUUCGGUCCAUUUGCCCGACGUCAAGCGUACUGCAUCCGUGGUCACUACUCCACUGGUAGCCGAGCUUACUGGUGCCAUGGCUUCACCCAUCUAUGGUCAAUCGAUGACAGAAGCCUUGCCCGUGCCUAUCCCAAUAUGCGCGCAGUCGCUUCCUGUUCAGGCGCCGAGGCAGACCAUAAGCCGCGAUCGUAGCAUGGCCGAGCCCGUCACUGAAGAUAUUGAUCUGGAACACACGCCAGAGAAUUCUGUCCCUGAGAGCGAAGCAAGCGAGGCGGAAGACCCUUUGCCACAAGCAGCGCUUCUGUCCCCAUCAGCGUCAGACAAAGAGACAACUUCUUCCAACCGAAGCGCUCAGCAUACUGAUCAUGUGUCCCGUACGAAUGUGCAUCAGGCCAGUAGCGAGGAGGACACAGAUCUGGACGAAGAGCCCAGCCAGGCGUCCGAGGCAGAGAUCGACCUGAUAGAAGCCGGCGAGCUCAGCGAUCAAGAGAAUCUGCCGGCGAGACCUCUCAGGGCAGGCCGUGCGCCUUUGCGUGCUCAGCCGAGUCGCAAUACGCGGCAGGCAGUAGUUGAGCCUCGUAUUGGGCGUGGCCGGCCGUCUGUUGAGAUGCCUCACCUGCAAUCGCCGCCUACAAUGUUUCCGCCUGCCCCGCGAGCUUUCCGGCCAACGAGGCAGCCACGCACCCCUACGCCCUUGAUUCAGCAGGCCUCGACGCAGCAUGCGCCAGCGGGCAGAGCAUCUCACAGUCGGCAAAGCUCUGCUGCACCGAUCAGCCCUUACAUCAGAAUCACUAGUAAUGAUCCUGCAGCAGCUGCCAAGGCAGCGGCAAUCCUCAAGAUCGAACAUUCUUACGUUAAUUGUGGCUGGCGGGACAGGAGUUCAUCCGAGAAUCCAAUGGAGCUCGCUCAGCUGAUACACAACGCCGAAGUGGAGCAAAGCAUGAUAGCUGAGAAUCGACGGUCACCAGAGAAGUCUGUUGCUUCUGACAGCCGUUCGAGGCGCAUGUCCGAUCGUCUGUCAGCUCGACCGCCUCGGCCGUUAGCAAGACAGCUCGGCGCACUGGGUACCGAGCGAGGCUGGACGAAACCACACUGGAAAGCGCUAGAGAAUGCCUACUUUGCCAUCAAACAAGAAAACGUGGGGAGCAAGGUUGGCGUCAAUAAGGUCGCAGAACGCUUUCUGCGCGAGCAACAGAUCCGAUUGAAUGAAAUAGUCGAUGAUUUCGCCCUUGACCAGAUCAAGGCGAGAAUUGAAGCUAUGCAUUGCGUCAUACGACGAAAGCGAGCCACGAAGCGCUUUCAAGAGGCUUUGAGGGCCCGGACAGUUUCGCAUGACGAAACGGGCGACGACUUUUCGCAUGCAGCUUCUGGCUAUGGUCGCGAGUACGAAGCGGCGAAAUCAGAAGCGGCGCGAGUGAGCGUCCGCUUACAACACUCGGACGAAAGCCACAGCUUUGAGCUCGAGCAGGAUGCACCUGCUCGGCCAGAAAAGCGCCUACCUCUGCCGCCACGUUUCAAUGCUUAUACUCGCCCUGCCCAGCCAGUGAUGCACAUGCCGCAAGUAUCCACCAGUCGUAUGACCCCUGCAAGCUCGACCCCACGACUCGCAGCGAGUUCAGCGAGAGCACAGUAUGCCCCCAGAUCGCCCGCAAGACGACCGCGAGCCGGCAUCAAGUCGCUCAUCAGCACUUUCGAAGGCAUUGCGCAUGCUCAACGUGAGGAUGCCGAGCUAUCACGCUCGCUCAAGCGAAGAACGUCUGACGAUGAGAUGCUGACUCUGCCUCGAAAGAGAAGCAGACAAGCUGCCUGA